AUGCUCGCUUUCGACGCCAUUCUCUUUCCCGCAGACGAGCGGCCCCCGCACCUUCCGUUCCGCUGCGGCCGUAUGCCCCAUCCCGAGAUGUACAUGGACUACAUCGCGGAGGGCCUCGGACCCCGUUCCUGGCGCUUUCAGGUCAUUGAACUGCUCGAGGGCAUGACCAAGAGUUUCUCGACACCCUACGUCGUCUUCUACCCCACCGUCUCGCGCGACGGCAUGCCGUUCCCCGUGAACAAGUGCAUCCGCGAGAUCCAGGGCGACAUCUACCAAGAGUCCAAAGCCUGGCGUGGGAACCUCAUAGUAGCCAAAUUCCGCGACCAGGAAUACGCCAGCAUGAUGGACGCCUCGAUGGCUGACUUUCCCAUCGUCAAGAACUGGCUCUCCAAGAAGCUUGCCCCAUAA